CUCGAAUGGGCUGAUUGGUUAUGAAUUUUUUUUCCAGCCUAAUAGAAAAUAAAAUAUAGAACAUUAGGCCCACUAAACUCAAAUUUGAAGGACUUACUGGAAGAACCGGAGAAAGCUUUGCUCCUUGUGAAGACUGAAAACAAGAAACCAAGACAAGAGGCAGAUCGGUAGACUUGGUAAGCUGAGGCAAUAUCAAUGAACAGAGCUCUCGUGUCCAUUGCUAAACGAGCUGCGACAAAAGUUAAUAACUCAACUUCUCCUUCCCCCAAUAGUAAACUAUUUGUUGCAGGCUUGUCGUGGUCGGUUGACGAGAAAUCGUUGAAAGAUGCUUUCUCUUCUUUCGGAGAGGUUACUGAAGAUAGGGAUAAUGGAAAACAAAAUAAUCUCGCAUCCAAUUCAGACAAGAAAUAUUCUCAUUUCUUUUUAUUGCUUCAGUUAGAAUUGCAUAUGAUAAAGUUAGUGGCAGAUCAAGAGGCUUUGGUUUUGUCAAUUUUACAAAAGAAGAUGAAGCUAUAUCUGCAAAAGAUGCCAUGGAUGGGAAGGCAUUGUUAGGUCGACCGCUGCGAGUAAGCUUUGCUCUUGAAAAGGUUCGCGGUGGACCUGUAGUCGUCCCUCGCCUUUCAAAUGCAGGAGAUGACUUUAAUCGCAAAGCUUAAUUCCAAUAACUCUAUCCAAAAGAAAGAGUGUGUUUUCGUUGUAUCAUCAUUUAGUAAUGAAAGGUAAUAAACUAUGAGCUGUAUUUCCAUUCCUAUUUUCCCCUAUAACUCGUCUUCAGAUAAAUUGGAGAAAGAAAAAAGAAAACUAAUAAAUAAGAUCAUUUAAUUCUGAUAUUUGAAAAAUUCAACUAUUUGGUUUUUA